AUGGCCCUGGGACAGAGGCUGUUCAUCACUAUGUCCCGGAGAGCAGGACGUCUUCAGGGCACGCUGCAGGCUCUCGUCUUCUUAGGCGUCCUAGUGGGCAUGGUGGUGCCCUCACCUGCUGGCGCCCGCGCCAACGGCACGCUACUGGACUCCAGAGGCUGGGGCACCCUCUUGUCUAGAUCUCGAGCUGGGCUAGCUGGAGAGAUUUCGGGUGUGAAUUGGGAAAGCGGCUAUUUGGUGGGCAUUAAGCGACAGCGGAGACUCUACUGCAACGUGGGCAUUGGUUUCCACCUCCAGGUGCCUCCUGACGGCCGGAUCAGUGGGACGCACGAGGAGAACCCUUACAGCCUGCUGGAAAUCUCCACGGUAGAACGGGGUGUGGUGAGCCUCUUUGGUGUGAAAAGUGCUCUCUUCAUUGCCAUGAACAGUAAAGGAAGACUGUACACAACGCCCAGCUUCCAAGACGAAUGCAAGUUCCGAGAAACCCUCCUUCCAAACAAUUACAACGCCUACGAGUCAGACCUGCACAGAGGGACCUACAUUGCACUGAGCAAAUAUGGACGGGUCAAGCGGGGCAGCAAGGUGUCCCCAAUCAUGACUGUCACUCACUUCCUCCCCAGGAUAUAA